AUGGCAUCAAUUCAAGCACCGGCGGAACUUUACAGGUCCAAGCGCCUGCUCUAUCGAGCUCCAGAGGACUCCGCAGAGGACAGGGAAUUCAUUCAAUAUUCCAUCCUCAACGACAGCACCAUCCAGACAAUGAGCACCAUGCGCCUCAAGCGUCCACAGCAUAAAGCUUCCGCUGAAGACUUCAUCAAGAGAUUUCAACAAGCCAUCCUUGGAGUAUUGAUCUGUCUUCCUGCCCCGAAUCCCUCUGAAAAUGGGGAUACGAAGACUGGCUCUGAGACUAAAUCCUCAAUCCGAGCCAAUCAUACCACUGAAUCAAUCCCAAUUGGCCACUUGAGCAUCUUCAGUGUACAGGGAGAAGAUACUGGUCAUCACAGAAAUGUAAUGAUGGGUUUAUCCUUCGCAGAAGGAUACCGGGGCCGAGGGUACGGCGGCGAGGCGGUAAACUGGGCUCUCGACUGGGCAUUUAUGCAUGCAGGAUUCCACAGGAUGUGCAUCAGCGCAUUUUCAUUCAACCACAACGCACUAAAACUUUAUAGAAAGCUUGGGUUUGUGGAAGAAGGCCGGGAACGUGAGGCUGUACGACACUUUCGGGGCUGGCAUGACAUUAUCAAUCUAUCUAUGCUGGAGCAUGAAUGGGAGGCAUUGAGGGGUAUACGGUCGAACCAAUCGGACACCAUCCCCAGUUCUCUCGCUGAACCCAUCAAUCAGUGA